UCUAUCACCACUAAAACAAAAUAAUAAACAAAUGGCUAACGUUUGGAUUCUAUCACUCUUCUCCCUAAUCAUCUUUCUUCUUCUCGUUGCCUUCAAACGCACAAAUCAGGGGAAGCACCGACAAAUACCAUCUCCUCCUGGUUUUCCGAUCAUCGGAAACUUACACCAGCUUGGAGCAUUGCAACAUCAGUCUCUAUGGAACCUCUCAAACAAGUAUGGUCCUGUAAUGCUUUUGAAGCUAGGAAAAGUCCCAACAGUUGUACUUUCUUCCUCUGAAACAGCGAAACAAGCUCUAAAAGACCAUGACCUCCAUUGUUGUAGCCGUCCUCCCUCGGCAGGGGCAAGAGAGCUCUCUUACAACUAUCUUGAUAUGUCUUCCUCUCCUUAUAAUGAUUACUGGAAAGAACUAAGGAAGCUAUGUGCUCAAGAACUCUUGAGUACUCACAAAAUCCAAUCGAUUCAGCCCAUUAAGGACGAGGAGGUCAAGAAAGUGAUUGAUUCAAUCGCGGAGUCAGCUUCUCUCAAAGAUCCGGUUAACUUGAGCAAGAAGUUUCUUGCUUUAACUUCAAGUGUAGUUUGCAGGGCAGCCUUUGGUGUGAGUUUUGAGGGAACCGUGCUUAACAGUGACAGAUUCAAUAAGUUAGUCCGAGAUGCUUUCGAGAUGUUGGGAAGCUUCUCUGCCUCAGAUUUUUUCCCAUAUGUCGGAUGGAUCAUUGAUCUGUUCAAAGGUUUACAAGGGUGGAGAGAAAAAAGCGUACAAGACUUUGAUGCCUUCUAUGAACAAAUGUUUGAUCUGCAUAACAAGGAAAAAGAACAAGCAAGUGAAGAUUUCGUGGAUCUGCUCUUGAGGUUUGAGAAAGAAGAAACUUUUGUUGGAAAUGACAAGCUCACACGAAACCAUAUCAAAGCAAUAUUGAUGAACGUUCUUUUAGGAGGGAUUGAUACUUCAGCAAUAACAAUGACAUGGGCAAUGGCAGAACUUGCCAAGAACCCUAGAGUCAUGAAUAAAGUUCAAUCCGAAAUCAGAAGCCAAAUCAAGAACAAAGAAAGAAUCAGCUUCGACGACACUGAUAAGCUCGAGUACCUGAAAAUGGUGAUCAAAGAAACAUGGAGGUUACAUCCACCAGUACCUCUUCUACUACCAAGAGAAGUAAUGACCGAGUUCAAGAUCAAUGGCUACACGAUUCCAGCCAAGACACGACUUUUUGUGAAUAUAUGGGCUAUUGGACGUGAUCCUGAUACCUGGAAAGAUCCUGAAAUGUUUCUCCCUGAAAGGUUUAUGGAUAGUAACAUUGAUGCAAAAGGACAGAACUUUGAGCUCUUGUCGUUUGGGAGUGGUAGGAGAAUUUGUCCUGGAAUGUACAUGGGAGCAACAAUGGUUGAGUUUGGCUUAGCUAAUCUGUUGUAUCACUUUGACUGGAAAUUACCAGAAGGCAUGGCUGUUGGAGAUAUCGAUAUGGAAGAAGCUCCUGGACUUAGUGUAAGCAAAAAAAAUGAGCUUUUACUUGUUCCUGUGAAGAAGUACUUAGACCAUUGAUCACGUAAUCCUUAAGUUGUACUAAUUUGAUUCUGUAAUUUUGCAUUAUUAUAUUCUCGUCUUUUAAAACUGUAUUAAAAUAUCAAAAACAAUUCUCAUCUUAUAAACUGUACUCUUUAAAAUA